AUGGAUGUUUUAACGCGACCGGCAGAGGAAUUUGUAAACGAUGAAAGCUUGGAGCUUCUAUGGGCCACAAGGGCAAUGGAACACAGUGAUAUAUAUUUUAAUGUUCUUUGUUCAGUGGAUACAAGAUGGCUCAAGUUAACACCUCAUGAUGAUCUUAUUUACACAACUUUCAGACAAGAUUUUCCAGAACUAAAUGUUUCAUACAUUAAGGAAAAUGAAAUUAAAAAUAAUAUUAAUAAAGCCAAGUGGCGUGCCUUCUGUGAGAAAUUUAAAACAAUUGUCGAAGACUACAGUUUUGGAACGUUAAUGCGGGCAGAUACAAAGGGAGAUUAUUCUGAAUCUAACACAAUAUUAGUUCCAAGAGUUCAAUUUUAUGCUAUAGAAAUUGCAAGAAAUCGUGAGGGUUUAAAUAAUGAAGUGAAAAAACUUUUUAAGUGUGCAUCUAAAGCAAAUAUGGAGGAUCAAAGUCAACCAACAGAAAUACUGGCAUAA